AUUUUUAAGUCAUGAAUCCAUGACACAACAAAAAGAAAAAACAUUUUUUUUUUUAAAGGAUAAUCUGUAAAUAAUGUUAAAUGCUUGUAGAGAUUUGGACAAGCUGUCAGCGGAACGGAAAUGGGAUGAUGUCUUUAAUUGCCUUAAAAUCGAUGUGAACUCAACUAUAGAGUUAGGUAGUCUUCAAACUUCAAGAAGUAACGAAAACACCGAUAAAUGGCUGGAUGACUAUAAAGCGACAAUGAAUUCUUUGGAAGUGAUUCUAGCAAUUAUUCUCUUUUUCGACCAAAUAUUCUAUCUUUUGCUUCUAUGGUACGUGAUGUGUUUUGCAAUCAAAUUCAUACGUUUUAAGGGCCUGAAAACUUUGUGGCAUCUGGUUCAGAGGAUUUAUUCAUUGGAAAAUAGUAUUCAAAAACAAAAUGUAGUCGAGCAGAUUAUACCCAAAAAGAAAAGACUACGUUUUGCGAAAGGAAGCUUUCUAAAUUCUACAUGAUACCAUUAAAACGAUAAUAUUGCGAAUAGUACAAAUAAAGAUUUUUCGAGAGAAAAUCAAGUCAAAGAUACAUGACUU